CGCUACAGCAACAGCACAAUCCUUCGCCAUCCUCCAUCUCUUCUCACCUCAAUCCCACAUCCAUGCAAAGAGGAGAUGGAGGGCACCCCGAGGUGCUGGGGAACACUGAGUGAAGAAGAGCUUAGGCUCACAUGACACUCACCCCACCACCAUCCCUCCCUUCUAUAGAGGUCCACAUAUUUUGUUUUCGUUUUUUUGUAAUAACCAACAAGGACUACGAGGAGGUUUGUGCUGAGUAUAUGAAAAACUGCUGGCAGGAGGAAGCCCAGAAGAGAGGAGGAGAAAGAAGAAGGAGAUGAGAGGUAGGUUUUCUACUGUUGCUAAUGCCAAGAUCUAAGAGUGAGAGAGACUGAGGCGGGCUCGAAGACUGGAGGGCUUGCACAUGUGGAACAGCCACAGCCACUUGUGGACCAAGAGGAGAGGAAAACAGAUUCAAAUACGGACACAGCUGGAAAGAUGAGGAGGCAUCAAGGACCACAUUUCAGUCCUGGGUGUCUGGUGCACUGACCCUGCCUGCAACAGGCGAGGUGUCAGAGGGCCAGGGCCAUGACGGACUCUUCUGGCCCUGGGGGGCAAGCCUUAGUGCCGUGGCCAAGGGUGUGGCGAUGGCUCCUGCUCACUUCACUGGUCACUGUGAUAACUUUGACUCUGCCAGGGAGCAGCCAAGCCUGCCCACCGCGAUGCGAGUGCUCAGCUCAGCUGAGGUCAGUGUCAUGCCAGAGGCGGCGGCUCAUCAACGUCCCAGAGGGUAUUCCAACUGAGACUCGGCUCUUGGACCUCAGCAAGAACCGCCUCCGUUGGGUGCAGGCGGGUGACCUAACACCGUACCCACGGCUGGAGGAAGUGGACCUCAGUGAGAAUCUCAUCGCCACAUUAGAGCCCAAUGCCUUCUCUGCUCUUCAAAAUCUUAAAGUGCUAAAGUUAAGGGGAAACCAGCUCAAGUUAGUGCCCAUGGGAGCCUUUGCCAAGCUGGGAAAUUUGACAAGCCUAGACCUGAGUGAGAACAAGAUAGUGAUCUUACUGGACUACACCUUCCAGGAUCUGAAGAAUCUGAAGCACCUGGAGGUUGGAGACAAUGACCUGGUUUAUAUAUCCCACAAGGCAUUCUCAGGGUUACUUGGGCUGGAGGAUCUCACCGUAGAACGUUGCAAUCUUACUUCCAUUUCUGGCCAGACACUGUCCUACCUCCGCAGUCUUGUCACUCUUCGCCUUCGCCACCUCAGCAUCACUGCCCUGGAGGACCAGAACUUCCGCAAGCUCUCAAACUUGCGGGGUCUGGAAAUUGAUCACUGGCCGUACCUAGAGUACAUCUCUCCUCUUAGUUUUCAAGGCCUGGACCUUCAUUGGCUCUCCAUCACCAAUACGAAUAUCACCUCUGCCCCAUCUGCCUCUUUCAAGAACCUGGUGCAUCUCACCCACCUCAACCUAUCCUAUAAUCCCAUCACCACACUAGAGCCAUGGGCCUUCAAAGACCUGCUGAGGCUGAAGGAGCUCAUUAUGGUAAGCACCGGGUUGAUGGCAGUGGAGCCACACGCCUUCGGAGGCCUCAGACAGAUUCGGGUGCUCAACUUCUCCUCCAAUGAUCUGCAGACUCUGGAAGAGGGCUCCUUCCAUUCUGUCAACAGUCUAGAGACCCUCAGAGUGGAUGGAAAUCCACUGUUGUGUGACUGCCGUCUGUUGUGGAUCCUGCAAAGACGCAAGACCCUCAAUUUUGACGGCAGAGUGCCAGUGUGUGCGGGGCCGGUGGAGGUGCAAGGGGUCAGCCUCAGCACCUUCACCGAUUCUGCACUCUUUGAUCACUUUACAUGCCAGAAACCUAAGAUACGCAACCGUAAGAUGCAGCAGGUGGUAGCUCGUGAAGGCCAGCCAGUGAGUUUUCUGUGUCGAGCUGAUGGAGAUCCAACACCUGCUAUCAUCUGGAUUUCGCCACAGCGCAGACGGAUCACAGCCAAGAAUUCAGGACGAAUCACUGUUCUCCCCAGUGGCACAUUGGAGAUCCGCUACGCCCAGCUUACUGACAGUGGAACAUACAUCUGCAUCGCUAGUAAUGCUGGAGGCAAUGACACCUACUUCGCCACUCUGACGGUGCGCGGCCAGCCGUUAGAUGCCGCCUCAGCCUUUUUUCUUAACCGCUCUCUGUACAGCGGAGAGUUCUUCAACGACACAAAUCUAAACAGCACACGUGUUUUCCUGAAGUUCACCUUGGACCUGACCACCAUCUUGGUCUCCACAGCAAUGGGUUGCAUUACUUUUCUCGGGGUUGUUCUCUUCUGUUUCCUGCUGUUGUUUGUGUGGAGCCGGGGACGCGGCCAACGCAGGAAUAACUUCACAGUAGAGUACUCUUUCCGGAAAUCUGAACCCUCAACCGGAAGCUCUUCGGGAGGGACCAGGAAGUUCAACAUGAAAAUGAUAUGAAACAACGCAGCCAGGGGUCCCUCGGGGGAGGCAUGAGCACGUUCCAAAAGCGUGUUUGACACACGCAAACACACACAGCCACUGAACCACAAAGAAGUUUGAAAAUGAAAUUUACUCUCCUGCCCAUGGCUCUUCUCUUAAUCGGGUGCCCAAAUCAAAACUGGAGCCAUGGCUCAAUUUGGUUGGAGAAAAAAGAAAUAAAUCAUCCUGAUCAGUCUACUUCACAGUGUUUUCAUUCAGCUUGUGGUUAACACAUUUGAAUGGUAAUGUAAGGAAUAAUAGUGUUCAAAGAGCAUCAUGCUGAGUUAAAAAUUAUAGGAGAUUAGUUAUAAUUUGGCGUUAAUGAUUGCUAAGCUCUGGAGCACGGGUAGUCCCAUCUCCCAGUUGCAUUAAUUAGAAAUUGAGACCCCAAAAAAAAAUCCUUUUUCGUUUAAAUUUCCCUUUUAUGUAGUCAUUGCUAUCAGGGAUUUUUAAAGAUGUCAUACGGAUAAAUCCAUUUGGAGAAUUCAUAGUUACGCCUUAUUACAAAUCAUGGAUGUAGAGUUGUAGAUAUGAGUGAUACGUUUUUACCACUAAACAAAAUGAUGAUUUUGUAAAACCGCUUAAAAUGUUUCAAUAUACAGUUUGAUAUCCUUCAUUAUCUAAUCUGACCACAGCUCAGUGGUGAGGAUCAUUAACAUUUUCCCAAGUCAUUUUCUUUCAGUGAUCAAAGGCUUAAUGGAUGUAGGAUAAUUGAUCCAGUGACAGUCGCACAGACAAAACAUGAAAAAAUAAUCUGGCCUUUUCCUCUUUGUGAGAUUUAGUCUCAACAUUAGCUGUGUGAGUUUGGGACGAGCGCACUGACCAAGAGCUGCCAGAGCUGCCUGUGGCCAAGAGGGGGCUGGGUAGGAGGUGAAGCCCCAUGGACACAGGCUGCCAGGCCGACCAAAGCACCCAACACUAAAUAGAGCAAGGGGGUCCGGGUUGGUGGGCACGCAAGGGUUGAUGGAUAGAAACAGAGGAUAGGUAUAUAUGAUGCUGACCUCUGCAUCCACCCUCUCCUCCCUGCUCACUGGUGUUGCUGCUCACCUAACCUUACAUGCUGCCCGGGGGGAGCAGCCUGGGGUGUUGGGUCUUACUCAGAGACAGACAGAGGACACACAGUCCCACAAGGAGGUUUUUACACAACAAACACCUUCAUCUUGGUUGAUAUACAGCAAGCACAUUUAUGGAUUUUUUUCUCAGGAAGAGUUACAUAGGAAGACCACAGUUAGAAAGACAGCAGAUAUUUACUGUGUUGAUACAAAACAUUCCAGCAAUACUAUAUAUAAACAUUGAUUCUCCAAGGGAGAACUGAUUUGUGUGUAAAGAAAAAGCCAUAGUUAGCAUAGGUUGAAUUUUUAUACGCGUAUGCAUGAUUCAGUUAUACUUUUGUCACCACUGCCAUCUUAGAGCUGUAUAGGUGAUGAAAAGACUGUCUGGUGUCGUUGGGUUGCCAUGAAGUUUCUCCUCACAACACACAUUAGCGCAGAGCCUAAUCAAGAUGAUUGGAACUGAUAUGAACAAUCACAUUUAAAUGUGCAUGAGCACACAAAAAGCACCGACCUAUCUGAAGUUGUGACGCCGGCUGCUCUCUCUCUGUCUCUGACGGCCAGUGUGCGAAUGUCUCUGCCCCCCUAGCCCAGUGCAUCCCCCCUCCGCCCCUAUCCCCCAGACACCCCCACUGGGUCCUCCUUUGGGAGGGGUCCCUGGCUGGAGACCGAGGAGUCAAAUGUAAAUGAAGUCGUGUUAAUCCUACCCACACCAUGUCAUCAUAUAGUGGAGAGUAGUGCUGUGGUUUAAAAAUGAAAUGUUACGUUGCUUCCUGUGUGUCCCUUAUUUAUGAUUUCUUCAGCAGUUGUUGUGACUGUGACCUUUGGACUGUCUACCUUUGCAAAACGUCCUGUUCUCAACACCUCAGACAGCAUGUGGACACAUCUCAGUGUGUGUACUAGAUGAACCCAGGCCAGAUAAUAUUCACAAAGAAAACACAAGUAAUCUGAAGCAGUGGUUUGUGCUAAGCUGUCAUCUGUUAUUUUCAGUUUUAUAUUUGAAUAUGUUAUUUGCCUUAACUAAAAUACCCCUUAUACAAAAGAAAAAUCACUACCAUUGGACCUUUUGUCUUCAGUUGGGAAGGAUGCAGCCGGCAUUCGUGUCCUGGUUUAAAUGUCUCUGCUGUUGUCACAGGGAUAUCUGCCCCAUAAGAGAUUGACAAUGGUUGACAAAAGGUUCAGUGCUGCUAUCAACGAUAUUCAUCAUGAAAGCAAUGACAGCUUGUUUCCUCUGCGGGAAACUUCUGUGACAGUUUGUUACAAAUUUUCAUCCCUCUCUGUUGAAGGAGCACUUCAACAUCUUUCAGCCUGUAUCGAUUUAGAAGAGUGACCUUAAAAAACUAAAAAAGAAACCUAAAAAAAUCUACUUCAUCAUUCCUUUAUGCUGCUUUCCAGUAAUUACUGGUUUCCUCUUAAUGAUAAGGAAACCUCCAUAAAACUCGUUCAGUUAUCAACUGGCAAUUGGAAAAAAGUUGCUGUGUUUAGUGGUUUACUGGAUUAGAAAGAGUACCGUAUACAGAUGUGGACAAAUUUGUUGGUACCUUUCCAUUAAAGAAAGAAAUACUCACAAUGGUCACUGAAGUAACAUGAACAUGACAGAUAUUUCCAAAGAACCGACAGAAAGACAUACAAAAAAACGUGAUGAAACUGGACAAAUUAGUUGGUACAUUCAACUCAAAAUGUUGUCACACCCUGUACCAAACGCAGCAAGGCAGGCACAGAACCUGAGCCUCCUCUUUGUUUUAUAGUAGCUGCAGCCUUUUCUUUGAAUGUUUCAUUAUUGUUUUCGAACAUAGAGCUGACGACUUUCUCCAGUUUUGUCUAUUUCUGCCCAAAGGGAAGUCUCCCAGAGGGUUUGUGGCUUAUAAAUAAUUUUUUUUUUCUUUUUUUUUCUUUUUACAAUUUCCAGUCUGGCUUUUUCUUAUAUACUUUUUUUUUAUUUAACUUUCAACAGUGGAGUCCUCCUCUGUGAUACACCUUUCCUCGAACAGCAACAAAUAGUGCGAUCUGACAGUGAUGUACCUUGACCUUGGACUUCACUUUAAAUCUCUUUGGAAGUUGUUCUGGACUCUUUUGCCAUUACCCGUAUCAUCCAAGUCUUGUAUUCAUAAAUUUUUCUCAAGCUGCCACAUCCAAGGAGGUGAAUAAGAGUUCACCAUUUAAAUAGUCAGACUGACUGUAAGAUUGAAGACACCUGUGAUGAUAAUUACAGGACCCAAUAUCAGAUUUCUACAGUAUGAAUCAAUAUUUACAUAAUGGUUAUUUAUUAUAACUUUUGUCACUAUCAAGUUAUUACACAACCAUUGUGGGUUUUCUGUCUUCACUGGAAGGGUCCCAAAAAAUUUCUCCACAUUUGUACAUGAUAUUUCAUUGUAAACAAGGUAAAAGAGUACUAAUGAAGGAUUCAGCUCUUUUAGUGGUGCAUUUCCAACUGUUAACGUGUUCCACUGCAUCGAGCACCUCAGAGGUGGUUAUGCUGAAAUUUGAUACAUCUGAUACUCCUCGGUUGUUUUAAUUACUCACUCAUCUCCUCCUCUGCGCUUGCAGCAGGAUUUCAGAAAUUAUUAUUGACAUAAUUAAGACUCUGCUUACAUGCAUGUACAAUCAGAUGUUGAAGCACUUAUAUGAGUAAUGAUCAACGAUGUCUUUUAAAUAUAUUAAGUGCAAGUUAUUGUACACCUUGCAGUAACUACAAUCAAUAAAACAGUCAUAGUAUUGAAAAACAGAAUAAAAAGACAACAGGUAAAAAUAUAAUAUAUAGAAAUCAGAGUUAUUUCUUGAAAAUGCCACCUUGGAUAAAUAAAGGAAUAUCAGCUAUGCAAUUAGGUUGUAAUGUCACAUCCAAGUAGUCUCUGAACUGGAUCAAUAUCCACUUGCCUUUGUUCUGCUGUGAGUUUCACUGAAGAACAUUUUUUAGGGAGAGAAAAGAUCCAGAUGCAGUCUAAUAAACAUGUGCUAAUAACAUGAAGAGCUUAUCCUUAUCCUUAUCAGAAAUAAUGUUAGAAUGAACAACAUGUUAGAGGUUACAAGUAGACACAUCUUUUAGUUUAAUGUGUCAUGCUCUUAAAAAAAAAAGAUUAGAAAACUCUUAUGAACAUGCUGUCAGUUUUAUUACAAAUUCAUGCUUUGGUGUUAAUUUGGUGCAGGUAACAGAACAUCUAAAACUCUUUCUGAAUGAAUCAUGGGAACUAUUCUUGUCCCUUGUCAGAGAUAAUGAAACCAUGGUUUCUAUGUCAGGAGGAAUAACUGAGCAGCUGUUAAAAAUUCAUGAGACUGAAUGAGAAUAGAUGAGAAAAAUGGCCUGGUUUUUCGUUCCACUCUUACCAGUGACCGCAGUCAUUUUGGCUCUUGUGGUGUUGAGAACAUGAUGUUGCCUUUAUGGAUGUCUUCUCUUUCCCGUAUCCAGCCCUUGUGUGUUUCCAUCCCCCAGUAUUUCUCGAUGGAACUAGAUUUAGAAGACAGUGAGAAAGUCUGUCAUGAUUGUUGAUGGUGUUUUCGUGCUAACAUCAGUCACAAAUGUAAGCGUAGAUGAGGCUGUGUAUUUCAUUUUCUUUGCUUCUCCUCCCUCCUCUCUUUUUCCUGUCCUCUUCACAGUAUUAGACUGGAUUAUGGUUGUGUGGUAGUAGACACGUUUUCUAUGUGGUUGGUGAGUUGGUGUUGUAGUUUUACGAUUCUUUGCUCCUUAUAAUGCCACCAAAUAUGGAGCAGUGAUAGGAUCAGUGGAGUUUAAAAGAUGAAAGGGGUGACCCAGGUUCCCUAAAAAAAAAAGUAAUAAUAACUAUUUUUAAAAAAUGACUGAAGUUAAAUGAAAAUGUAAAAAAAAAAAAGAAAAAGAUAAAAAUUCCGAUUCCCGCUCAACACCCUGCCCAAUCCUUAAAAACCAAGUCUUGAAACCCCAAACCCCCACAGACUGCACUAUACAUGUUCUCUCGUAAUGAUAUCUUAUCACACUUGAACUGUCACUGUUAAAGCAGAGCCUCAGCAUUUGCCUGCUGAGGUGUAUUUCAAAGUUGGCCUGGGCUGAAAGAAGCAUUUGUUUUUAUUUAAGCCUCACAAGUCCUUCAAAACUGGAGGAGCUCAUGAUACUUCCAGUUAAAUAUUAAGUGAAAAAUCCAAUAUCAUAUACUCGUUUCAUCUUAAAUCUCUAUCUUCAAAGGUUUUAGCCUGUCUGUUAAAGAUUUGAAUUAAUAUUGACUCUUUGCAGAACCAUUUUCUAAAUAGAUCACCUCAAAAAGGUUACCAGUUCAGGCAGUUUUGCAGCCAGACUCUUGUGUCACUCUGGCUAAAUGACUCUCUUGUGUUUGUAGUUACUGGCGGAAGCCAGCCUGAUGCAUGUCCAAUGCCAUGGUUCUUGAGAAACUAGGCUAAGCAAUCCCUUCUGCUCUCCUCUGGCUAGUGUUGCUGGACCUUUGUCUGGAUGCCCCAUUUACAGCAGCAGAAACGUCACCUUCCAUCCAGGAAACCUUGUGGAAUACAGACCACUAUUCCCCCACUAUAUAGACCACUAUAUCAUAAUGCUAAUUAUUUCCAGACUCAUAAUUUGUUUUUUUGUUAUGCUGUUUCCCCUUCAAGCCCCAAAUUAAAGAAGGCUUUUCUUUUAUUAGCCUUAUUCAUCUGGCUAAUAAAGGCACAAGUCUCACCUUUAAAGCUGCAUUUGUACAGCUUUCGUCUCCUGACAUUGCUGAAUCUCUUAAUUAGCUCUAGAUAAAUUAAUGUCUCUCUCCACAUCCUACAGCUGUUGUUUUGAUUGGAUUAGACUUGAGCUGAAUUAUCAGAGCUGAGAUGAGCUGUAAUGGGAUGACGGAGAAGUGAACUUGGCUGAUAGAGUGAUUAAUUCGCUUAUUAGUUUCAUUUUAUAUGGCAGACAUCGAAGAAAAUCGUAUCAAUGGACCACUGGAAACGGGAUUAUUUUUGUAUUUUCUUUAACCGUAUAGGCUAUAGUUAUUUGUCAGACAGAACUGUUAUCUGUGACCAUGAUUUUCUCGAGUUGGACACAGAGAUGGUCAUGCAAACUGUAAUUUCUGGCUGGUAUUCAUGUAUAAUUGGACACACUGCAGAGCUUUGCUGGAAUAGUGUUUAAAGCACCUUGGGCAGAUAAUUGCUUCAUCUUAACCUUGACCAGACAAAGCCAAGUAACCCUUGUUUUAUGCGACACUACUGCCCCCAAGUGGUUAACUUUUGCAACAGCACUCAUUAGACCCCGCUGAUGUGCCCGUGUUGUUUACUGUGAGAUAAGUGAGAUAAACCCCCAGUUCAGUAGAAACACUUACAACAACUAACUGACUGUUAACUUCAUAACUCCUCAUAUAGCCAUAGCCCGAGCUCCUUUUGGUGCUGGGUGUGGGACGUCGUUUCCCCUGUGAAGCCUACCAGAUGAAGUAAAGUUUUCAAGAGAAACCUGAAUCUGCUCAAAAGUGACAGCUCUGAACUUCACAUAAAACACAAUAUGUCACAGGAUUAUUUUCUUUCUGUAUAUUCCUGAGUGAUCAACAAGUGGUCGGUGACUCUAAAGCGGAGAAAUGACUUUCUUACAUGUGGUCUUGGCAGGUUAAAUCUAUGCAUGCCUUUUGUAUACAGUGAUUAGUAUUGCCAAACUCUUGAGUGCACUCGCAUGGAAAGCGAAGGGUGCCACUGCUGCUGGCCAUGGGACUGCUUGAAACAGAGCAAGUAAUUAAAAUGAGUUUAACCCAGUCAAAGUCAGGUGGAAUUAAUCACUUGCAUUCACAUAUGUUUAAAGUAGUGAGCAUCUUACAAAAGAAAUGUGUUUACCUUGGAUGAUUGUACUUUUACACACAUCUGUACACAAACUAAUGCUCUGGUUCCUAAGCUGUGGAUAAAGCGAUUGAUAUUCCAAGCAGAAUGGUGGGACUGAUCAAUGCCAUAUAGGGGAAGGAUUAUCAGUGGGAUACUUUAAUUGAUUAGUCUAGAGCAUUCUCACAUUCUCUCUAAAUCACUCUGGGGUAGGAGGAGGUGUGGAGGACCUCACCAGACCUGGCUGACACUCAUUUCUGGGUUUCCACAUUGCCUUUAAUGAAGAGUUUUUCUUUUUAAUGACGAGAAGGUGCCAGAUUUUGUGUUUUGUUUUGUUUUGUUUGUUUUCCUCCGGGUCUGAGCCAGUGAGACGCCCUCUUACCUCCUCCACUCUUUUGACAAAGAUGUUGAACAUUUAGCUCUGCAUUUAUUGGAGCCCUUUAAUGACCAAAAUACCAAAUCAGAUUUUGUGAGAAUAUACUCCCCCUCUCCUCUCUCUUUGUUCUAUCUAGUUUUUUCUCUCUGUGUCGCUUACUCUCAUUCUUUCUUGAUGUCAACCUGGCACCAAACUCGUAAAGUACUUGUCCAGCUAUCCCUCUUUUUUGUCGGAUCUUGCACAAAUGCAGUCAUAUUUCUCUCUGACAUGGUCAUCACUAAAUCAUGAAACCUAGGAAUGAGUGCUGGGGGCUCCAGGUAAAUGCAGACCGGAUAGCAAGACAUGUAAUGCCAAUUAUGAUCAGACAUUAUGGGAUAUCACAUCAAGUAGACUGUUAUCAAAUAAACACCAAUUUGGACUCUGAUCUUCUCCGUCUUACAUCACCGUCUGACUGCACCAGAACUUUUAACAGGUAUGUUUCGUGCCAUAAUUUGUUGAUCUGUUGAUGUGACGAGCAGAAAGUGUACAUAUUGGAUCUAUUAGCCAUAUCAUGUCAUCAAAUCUGUAGACCUCUUUGCUGUGUCUGGCAGAGGAAACUGACUGUUGAACUGUAAAUAGUGUAGUUACUGAAACAUAGGAUUUAAGUGCUGCUUCUUUUCUCCAGGGAUCACCCAGGUUUUGUUCAGUCCCAUGGCUGCUUGGUCUCGAAGGAAGGAAUAACAAUGUACCUGUCUAUAAAGCACAUAUGAUUCAUUUUCUUUUUUUUUAAUUACUUCGGUGUAAGUUUUGUAUUCUGUUUGUCUUGUAAAUUUACUUCUUUUUAGUCAUAAAAGCAUGAUGUGACUC